AUGAAGAAACUAAAACAGGAAAUAAGAACAGAGGCUCAAUAUAUGAAUGAAUGCGAUGGUAGCCAGCCUGAUGAUACCACACGAUUCACCCCGGCUGGAGACACGGCGGCUCCUACUCCAAACGAACAAGAGGACACUGGCACAUCCACCUCUGCAAAGAAAAAGAAGGCUGAUCGCUCCCUCCCAACUUCGCACAUUGUGGAACCCGGCCAUGGACUUUCGUAUGACUACGCGUGGUAUCAUUCACCGCUAGAAGAGCCUGCUGUGUACCACAUGAGUGACCCUGCAGCGGCUUUGAUUGCAUAUGCGGCUAUCAAGGCAGUGAACGAACGUGUGCAGUUUGAUCUGCGGAACAUGAAGUCCAUGCUGCUAGAACGUGAAUUGAUUGAGGACUCUGAGGACUCUGGGUUUGAGGACGGAUACGCUAGUUCUUCAGAUGAUGCUGUUGAUGUUUUUGCUGGUGCGAGGUAG